AUGCCUGGCGAAGUAGUAGACCAGCCCAACCCCCCGGCUCUGCCCAGUCACCUCCCAGACAGCACCCUAGAGCUGGCUGUCAAGGUCGACAAGACACUUCUCAGCAAGGAGGAUGCUCAGUCACUCAAGGACUUUCAACGCGCCGCGUGCUACAUUGCUGGGUCCAUGAUCUUCCUCCGCGAUAAUGUGCUCAUAGAACAAGACCUCCAACUUGAGCAUGUCAAGCCAAGACUCCUUGGUCACUGGGGUACCUGUCCUGGCCUCAUUCUCGUUUGGUCGCAUCUCAACCUCCUCAUCAGAGAUCACGGUAUGGACAUGAUCUUCGUCAUUGGACCAGGCCACGGUGCUCCCGCUGCUCUGGCUUCCCUCUGGCUCGAGGGAUCCUUGGAGCGAUUCUACCCCAACAAGUAUACUGUCAAUAAGGACGGCUUGAAGAAUCUCAUCACAGGGUUCUCCGUGCCCGGAGGCUUCCCUAGUCACAUCAACUCCGAAACGCCUGGAUCCAUCCACGAGGGUGGUGAGCUGGGCUAUGCCUUGGCCGUGUCUUUCGGUGCCGUCAUGGACAACCCCGACCUCAUCGUGACGUGCGUCGUUGGAGAUGGCGAGGCCGAGAGCGGCCCCACAGCAACAGCGUGGCACGCCAUCAAGUACAUUGACCCUGCCGAGUCUGGUGCCGUGUUGCCCAUUCUGCACGUGAACGGCUUCAAGAUCAGCGAACGCACCAUAUUUGGCUGCAUGGACGACAAGGAGAUCGUGUCUCUCUUCUCAGGGUAUGGCUACCAGGUCUGCAUCGUUGAAGAUCUCGAGAACAUUGAUGGGGAGCUACACGGCGCCAUGGAGUGGGCCGUUGCUGAGAUCAAGAAGAUCCAGACUACUGCGCGCUCGGGCAAACCCAUUGUCAAGCCCCGAUGGCCCAUGAUUGUCAUGCGCACACCCAAGGGCUGGUCUGGCCCCAAGAAGAUUGACGGCGAGUUCAUUGAGGGAUCGUUCAAUUCUCACCAGAUUCCCGUACCCUCAGCCAACAAAGACGAGAAGCACCUGAAGCUGCUCCAAGAGUGGUUGCAGAGCUACGAUGCCGGUAGUCUUCUCAAGGACAGCAAACCUAUUGACAGCAUUCUUUCUAUCCUUCCCAAGAACAGCUCCAAGAGGCUUGGUCAGCUCAAGAUGACCUACGAUCCACAUAAGGCUUUGGACCUGCCUGACUGGAGGCCCCUGGCAGUCGAGAGGGCCCAGAAGACCAGCAGUAUGAAGGAGACAGGCAAGUUCCUCGAUCAAGUCGCCCAGGCCAACCCAAAGAGCUUCCGUGUCUUCUCCCCCGACGAACUCGAGAGCAACAAGCUGAGCGCCAUCCUGGACCACAGCGGCCGCAACUUCCAGUGGGACCAAUAUUCCCGCGCCCAGGGCGGCCGUGUCAUUGAGAUCCUGUCGGAACAUUGCUGCCAGGGAUUCAUGCAGGGCUACACGCUGACCGGCCGCACCGCCCUCUUCCCCAGCUACGAGGCCUUCCUGGGCAUCGUCCACACCAUGAUGGUGCAGUACUCCAAGUUCAACAAGAUGGCGCACGAGACCGAGUGGCACGGCGACAUUAGCUCCAUCAACUAUGUCGAGACCAGCACAUGGGCGCGACAGGAGCACAAUGGCUUUUCCCACCAGAACCCCUCGUUCAUCGGAGCCGUGCUCAACCUCAAGGCCGAGGCCGCCCGCGUCUAUCUGCCCCCUGACGCCAACUGCUUCCUCAGCACCAUCCACCACUGCCUCAAAUCCAAGAACUACGUCAACCUCAUGAUCGGCUCCAAGCAGCCCACCGCCGUCUACCUCUCGGAGAAGGAUGCCGCGGAGCACUGCAAGCGGGGCGCUUCCGUCUGGAAAUUUGCCUCUUCCGAGGAAGAGGGCCAGGAGCCUGACGUGGUCCUCGUGGGCAUUGGUGUCGAGGUGACAUUCGAGGUGAUUGCCGCCGUACAGGUCCUCGAGAAGCUUCUCCCCAGUCUCCGCGUGCGUGUGGUCAACGUCACGGAUCUGAUGGUCCUCGCCGCCGAGUCCCGCCACCCGCACGCCUUGCAGCGCGCGAAUUUCAUCGACAUGUUCACGGACGACCGCCCUGUGCUCUUCAACUACCACGGAUACGCCGCGGAGCUGCAGGGUCUGAUCUUUGGACGCCACAGGCCGGAACGCAUGUCGGUCGAGGGCUACAAGGAAGAGGGCAGCACAACGACGCCCUUUGACAUGAUGAUGCUGAACAAGGUCAGUCGGUAUGACCUGGCCGCCAGGGCUCUGCGUGCCGCGGCUGGCAGGGACGACAAGGUCAAGAGCAAGCUCGACGAGCUGGUGCGGAAGAUUGAUGAGGAGGUGGCCGAGAUCAGGGAGUAUAUCACGGCCAAUGGCAAAGGUAAGCUGGCCUACCGAAACGUGGUGAUCAAGACUGACAGCUACAGAUCCCGACGACAUUUACGACAUGCCUAA